UCUCUCUCUCUCCCACGGGCUACCGUUCCGUCCGGUGCCGUAGUUCCACACGUACCUCCUCCUCCCUUAACUCCAUCGCACGUGCCGUCCUCACCCAUACAACUCCCUUUCUGUGGUGCAACAAAUAAAAGUUAGAGAGAGAAUAAUAACUCAUGGAAGCAAUAUAUAUGGAGUGCUAUAGAGAUAGAGAGAGAGAGAGAAAGAAAAGAGUGUAUGUAUGUAUGCGUUUGUGUGAGAGAUAGAGAGAUAGAGAGAGAGAAAGAGUUGUUGAUAAAAACAUAAUUAUUUUUUCUUCUUGGUCUUUGGAGGGUCAUGUAGAUGUAGUAGCUAUAGAUUUUUGGUUUAUUUGUUGAUACCCUUUUUCUUCUUUAUCUUAUUUUUGUUUUGAAAUCUGAAACCUUUCAAAAUCGGUUUUGGGUGUGAGUGAAUCUCGUGAGUUGAAGUUUUUUUCUUUCUUUCUAUCUUUGCACCGAUGAGGAUCCGGAAAAGGCCGGCGCUUUUCCCUUCUUCGCUCUCGCCGCUGCGUCUCUCAGAUCCCCACCUGAUCAACCGGUCACCGGUGGUGGUGCAACUAAGCGACGCUACUUCCACCGCACCGAAACUCUCUUUUUCUUCUUCUGCACACCAUGCUGCUUUCGCGCAUCCUUCGACCUUGGAUCGUUUCCAGCCGUCUGAUCAGCCUCUCCCUUUGAUCGGGAAACAAAGCAACGGCUCGGAUGAUCCCUCCGGCAUCGGUGAAAGUGGGGCACACAGACAGCACAACAAGCAAGACCCUUUGGACGAGGUUGUUAGAAGAGAAGAGAGUGGAGAAGACUCGGGAGAGAAGGGUAACCAUAUCAGGAAAGGACGCACCUUUGGUUCGGAAAAAACACAAGCUGAGUUGUUGCCACCGUUAAGCUCAUCUUCUACUCAAGAUGGGAGAUGGUACGAGGGAGAGAAAGCGAUUCCGCUGAAGAAAAGGAGAGGGAACUUCGAGGAGAAUAAUAAUAAUAAUAAUGCUGCUGCUCAUAGCAAGAAGAUGAUGAAGGCGAAGAUGAAGACGAAGAUGAACAAGAAGUGUUCAACGCCGCGCAACAACGAGGAUAGCACGGGAGAGGAAGAAGUGAAGAAGAAGGUAGAAGAAACAAUAAAAGUGGAAGUGAAUGUUGUGAGUAAAAAGAGAGCAAGGGGUAGUGCACUCAUGGAAGGUUCUAGGUGCAGUCGUGUGAAUGGGAGAGGAUGGAGGUGCUGCCAGCAAACGCUGGUUGGUUACUCGCUGUGUGAGCAUCACUUGGGGAAGGGAAGACUCAGAAGCAUGACAAGUGUUAGAAGCCGUUCCAUUAUUGCAUCAACUGCACCAAAGGAGGUGCACGUGCACCACGUGCCUCACCCUUCUUCUUCUUCCCCUUCUUUUUGUUCUCUCGAGAAGCAAAUUGAGUGUGUUGAUGAUGCUGAGCCCUUUGGGGAGAAGGAGGAGAAGAAACCAGGGAUAAUAAUGACGUCGACGAAGAAGAGGAUGAAGCUUGGCAUGGUGAAAGCGCGUUCCAUAAGCAGUUUGCUGGGGCAAACAAGCAACCACAUUGCUGCUGUAGCUCAUGAGAAUAGCAAGUAAGGCCAAUAAUUAAGUACAAGUGCAGAAAACGGUUAUUAUAAUUUCAUGUACUAGAGGGUUGAAAGAAAUUUUUAAUACCAGAGUUUAAUUUGUCUUAAUAUAAUUGGUGUGCCACUGCCGCCACCGCUUCUUGUGUUCAACUUGGUGGUGCAUUAUUCUAUAUCGUAACUAUGUUUAUAUUUUGCUUCGUAUUAA